AUGCAGCCUCAGCAGAAGGUCAUAGUGACUCCGCUGUCUAUUUCUCCUCAUAUUGAGACUGUUAUUCAAAUGGCAGCUUCUGAUUGGAUUUCUGUUGUGCUUCCUGUUGUUUCUUAUUUGAAGCAAAUGCUUCUUGUAAUUUCUGGGGCAUAUCUUGUGAAAAAUGAGGACAUUUGGAAAACAAAGAAUCUUGGGCAUAUUUUAGAAUCCUGUGGCUGUCCUAUAAAUUCUAGUGCAGAUCCUGUGGCAACAAUAGAACGAGAAGGAGUUGCUGUUAAGGAUCCAUCUGCUCCCCAUGGAGUUAGACUUUUGAUCGAGGACUAUCCUUAUGCUUCUGAUGGGCUAGAGAUAUGGGAUGCUAUCAAGUCUUGGGUGGAAGAAUAUGUCUCAUUCUACUACAAGUCAGCUGAGGAACUUCAGAAAGACCCCGAGCUCCAAGCUUGGUGGAAAGAACUUGUAGAGGUGGGUCAUGGGGAUUUGAAGGAUAAGCCAUGGACAGUAUCCAUACGGAGGUUUAAUCCUGAGAAGGAAUUUUUUAAGACUAUUACUGGCAAGAAAAAGACCCUCAUUGACCUUACAGUUAUAGAAAUUUUAUCAAGGCACGAAUCUGAUGAGUUCUACCUUGGGCAGAGAGAUGGUGGUGACUACUGGACUUCUGAUGCCGGGCCAUUAGAGGCCUUUAAGAGGUUUGGAAAGAAUCUUGAAGAGAUUGAAAAGAAGCUUAUAGAGAAGAACAAUGAUGAGACAUUGAGAAACUGCUAUGGGCCGACUAAAAUGCCUUAG